UGUGUGUUUUUUGUGAGUUUCUCCAACGACUCUGCUGGUUUGCUUUGAGACUCAGACAGCGGCGGCCAUGGCUACGAGCGACGUGAAGCUACUGGGUGCGUGGCCAAGCCCAUUCGCCUUGCGAGUCCACAUCGCCCUUAACAUCAAAUCCAUUGACUACGAGUGUCUCGAAGAGAACCUGCUAGCCAAGAGCCAGCUCCUCCUCCAAUCCAACCCAGUACACAAGAAAAUCCCAGUUCUCAUCCACCAUGACAAACCCAUAUGCGAGUCCCUCGCCAUUGUUCAGUACAUCGACGAGGCUUGGUCCUCCGCUCCCUCCAUCCUCCCCUCAGACCCUUACGACCGCGCUGUUGCCCGCUUCUGGGCUGCUUAUAUUGACGACAAGUGGUUUCCAUGGCUGAAUGGGGUAGCGAAUGCUCAAGGAGCGGAGGCAAAAAAGGCGGCGUUGGAUCAAGUACGUGAAGGGUUAGUGGUACUGGAGGAGGCGUUUGGGAAGUGCAGCAAAGGUAAGGAUUUCUUCAGCGGGGAUCGAAUUGGAUACGUUGAUAUUGCUCUAGGGUGCUUCUUGCGGUGGGUGUAUGUGGCGGAGAAGAGGAACGACGUAAAGCUGCUUGUUGAAGACAAGAUGCCUGGUCUGGCUGCAUGGGCAAACAAGUUUUGUGAGGAUGGUGCUGUGAAGGAUGUGAUGCCAGACAAAGAUGAGCUAUUGGAGUUUGCUAACAUGAUCCUUGAAGCCAGGGCCAAACUCAAUGCCUCUUCUAAUAAUUAAUUAGGACAAGCUGCGAUCGGAUCAAUCAGGAAGACGUUACUGGAUUGUUGACCAUUCUUGUUCCUAUUUCUGAUAUUUUGAAAAUAAAUCUUGCUAAUAUUUCUGGAACAAAAGAAGAAAAAUAUUAAUAAUAUUGAAUCCUUCCUUUUUAUUCUCUCUGCUAUUUUCCAUAUG